AUGAAAGCACAAAUCAUUGAAAAUUAUUGUGAAGAACCCAAUUUUAUUCUUCGUGACAAUAUUCCCAUUCCGGAGCCAAAAGCAAACGAAGUGUUGGUCAAAUUAAAGACAGCUUCGGUCAAUCCUGUUGAUUACAAGUUGAGAGCAGGAGCCAUGAAAAUGAUCUCGGGAGUGCAAUUUCCAUGUAUUUUGGGUAAAGAUGGAAGCGGAAUUGUUGAAAAGAUUGGCUCCAAGAUUACACGAUUCAAAGUUGGAGAUGAAGUGUGUGGUUUUUUAACAAACAAAAGGACAGGUUCCUAUGCCGAAUAUGCAUGUUAUGAACAAGAUGAAAUUGUAUUAAAACCUUCGGAAAUGACCUUUCAACAAGCAUGUGCUUUUCCACUCGUUGGUUGUACCGUAAUGGAAAUGUACAGAAGACAUCCUUCCAUUGGUGAAGUUUUAGAUCGAGAGGGAGAAUUGGCAUUUGGAGUGAAGAAUAAAAUUUCAAAUCCUCUCAAUCAAGAAGACAGGAAGGAGAUGAGAAUUUUAGUUAUUGGAGCCUCAGGAGGUACUGGUUCUGUGGCAGUCUUGUUUGCAAAAACAUUUCUUCAAAGAUAUUUCAACACCAAGGUCUAUGCAGUAUGCUCUGAAAGAAAUGCCAAAUUUGUGAUCGAUUCAUUAGGAGCAGAUGGCAUUAUUGAUUACACAAAAACGUCAGCCAAGGCAGGUUCUCACAUCACACACCAAUCAGACUCUGAGUUGCCAAGUAUUUGCCAACUAUUGAAAACCAAUUAUGGUGUCAAUUAUGUGGACAUUGUUCUCGAUUGUGUUGGAGGUUAUUACUAUUAUGAUGAUGUCUGUCAUCAUUUGUCAUGCAAAGAUGCAAGUCCAUAUACUGUUUUCACAACCAUUUCACCUCCCACUGAGCCAGAGUUGAAUUUUACUAAUCUCGUAAAGGUUGGAUCAUUCCUCGCUAUGAACAAAUUGCGAUCAUUCUCCUCUUGCUAUCCACGUUUCCAUUUUGUCAUGUUGGAUCGAAAUGUGAAGGAUCUUCACUUGUUGAUGAAUCACGUACUCUUAGAGAAUAGAGUCUUUGAAAAGAUUCCUCUCCACCCUUUCAGUCUUUCAAAUAUGAAGGAAGCACAUUUGCAAAUGGAAUCUCAAAGAACAGUUGGAAAGAUCGUCAUUGACAUUCAGUAA